UAUUGUACUUUACUAUCUGCAUGCACAUUUGGUAUUUAAUUUCAUUGAAAUGGUGCAUCAAUCCAACAUAAUUAGGGUUCAAGUUCACCGAGAAUAUAAACGUCAGUUUUCUUAAAACAACCAGUGUCUCAAGGAAGGCUGAGGCUGCUUUUUAUUAGAGUGGUCAAAGUAGUUCUCACAGAUUGUAUUUGUAAACGCUGUAAUUUAUUCAAAAUAGGGUGAAAAUAAGCAGUUUCUGAAGGUCAAGUUUACUAAAGACACCCCCCAAAAACGCGCGCAAUUCAUCACGUUUUAUGUGUUUUUGUUGGUAAGAAGAAAUAGUGGAACAAGCGGGGAGUAGUCUCAAGAAAUAAGGGGCUAGUUCCAACCUAACUAUUUUUGCUAACAUAUAACAUAGUAAUGAAUACUGAUGAGGCAGGCUUCUUGUAAAACUGUUGAACGGAGAUCAGAUUCUUCUUAGUGUCAUAAGGAGCUCUCGAUUUAUAUUCAAGCAUCUGCAUGGUAUAGUGGAAGAGGCUCCUACUGACCGACUUAUCAGUAGGCACAGUUUCUGCAUUAGGUCAUAGUUUGGAAAUACUGUAUUACGUAUUAGGUAAACAUUUAAAAGGAAGGUUGUUAGGUUAGGUAGGUUCGGUGAAGCAUAUUAGGAUGGUGCUUAGAGUCACGUCCUAAAUGUGACAAUGACGAUUCGAAAAAACGGAGUCGCAAUCCUUCGCAGAGAGAGCUUGAUAGAAGAAAGUAGGUAUCGAAGCAAACCCGUCUUAAUUUCCUCUCCGACAUUUAUUUGUCCUUUCCGUGUAGGUAGAAAUUCGUUCAUAAACGUGGUAAACAAGUCCACAUAGAUCACGGUCACCUGUUCGCAUGACCGGCACCACAUAAUGCGCUUCCGGCGGAAGUGCGACAAUCGGCCAUUUUGAUUUCUGCUCACAUUGUGCGCCCGCGCACACCGUGUCAUCGCUGUUACACAAUCGAUUGUCAUUGUAUCGAUCAUCGUGUUUGGGGUAAAUCGAUGGGAAGGAAAGUUUAGGAUAAACAUCUCGCUUGAUUUGUAACAACAAUGUUAGUUGCUAGGUGCGAGGUGACAAUUUAUGAAUGUAGUUAAUCUGACUCCGGUUAUUUAACGCAAUAUUUAUUUUGAUUAAAAAAAAAUAAUUACUUAAAGACAUAACUUAUUUCUGAAUCAGUGUAGCUACAUAUUUACUGAAACUAAAUAAUCGGUAUCUUAGUCCUAAGCUGACAGACAGCCGUCUCAUUUUAAGCACCUGUACAGUGUACAUUUUGGUAAGAAUAUUGCACAAAACCAAAAUAAAUUGCAUCUAUCUUUACCCUUUCCGCUACAAUUUGCUAGAACCAGAUCAAAAACACCCAACAAACAUAGAACACCUGAUUUUCGAGACUAAAGGUCGCGUCACACCAACAGCGUGCAAAGCUAUUGUAUUAGCACGUACAAUGUCAGCGCAUCAAUGAGAUAACAUCGCAAUUAGCUGCUUACAACUGUCUGCUUUAUCGCUGAUUGUCACGCGACUUUAAAAAUGAACAAGUAUCCAUAGUAAAACAAAGUGUCGUGUUGAUAAUGAAGAUAAAAAUAGAGUUGGAUAGUGUUGGUACUUUAGCGAUGUUUUUAAAAUCAAUUGAAUCUAUCUUGCCCAUCUCAAGCUGUCUGAGUAAUUAUUAGUAUGAUCACAGUACAAUAUGACUAGGCUAAUCUAAUACGUGAGAUUACACUAUAUGGCUGUCCAGGAUCCGUUAUCAUAGAUGUUAAUCUGGCAGAGAAAUAUAUGAUAAAUAUUUAUUAUCCUAUGUCUAAUAAUUUAAUAAGCUUUUUGUUACACUAAUGAUCACUUACGUUGCAUUGUGCUAAUUGACAAGUACAUAUAUUGUGCCAGAAUUCAAUACCACAAUUAAUGAUGAUACACGCCUUCUCUUCUUUCUGACUCUGCGAGUAGGAAGUCUGGAGGUAGCGGUCGAAUGAUAAAAUUAUCUUCUUUUGUCGUCGGUACAGCAUUAGUUAUGGGGUCAGGAGCAUCAGGCUUGGCAACCGAAACACCAGGAGGUGACCUGCGCCUGCCAGCCUCAGGGUUGCGGUUCUCGCACAACCAACUCCGUGUGCUGAACUCCUAUGUGGAUAAUCUUUGGGAAGAGGAUCAGACAGGAAGGAUAUCAACAGAGUUAGAGAGCGCGGUAGAAAGCCUGGUGCAAAGGAUUGUGGAUGGCGCUGGACAGAGAGACCCGAGGUUCAGAUGCAGUCAUCUCAUAGCACUACAUAGAGGGAAGAAGAUGCGGUCCCGUUCUCUGGAGUACUUGAUAACGCUGGACUCUCUUCCUCCCCUGAACUCCGGUGAUGACUGCCGCCUGCAAGAUGGGCCGGUAGGCUACGGGCGAAUACGACUCACUGGGAAGGAGGCCGACAAGUGGGAGGAGUUUCUUACUCCUUCGGGAUAUUUGUGCAGAGAUAAGAUAGUGGAGCGCUGGGUGGAGCUGAUCGCGCGCUGCACUGGGGCUCGCGGCGGCGGCGGCUCGCGCGUGCUCUCUGCUCGUGCUGCACCCAGAGCCAAGCCUUACCGACACUGCUAUCUGCAGAGAGGUGCCUCCCUCCUCUCAACUCCUGACCGUCGCCUCGCCAUCGUCGAAGGGGCAGCCUGGGUGAUGGUCCGCGUCGGAGCUGGUGAAGCUGAAGCCAAGCUGAUGUUAGGAGCCAGGGUCGAGGGGUGCAGUGCAGCCGCGUAUACGAGUAGAGUGCCUCUCACUCAUCCGCUGGCGUUGUUGCAUUAUACCAGUGCUCAGGGGGGUUACUACGCUGCAGCAGUAGGCCCACCAUCCACGCUGGUCUGUGGUGAUCGCUCAUCGACCUGGCAGUUAUGGAACCCCUCGUUAGAAGCAGAGUUAGACGCCCACUGUUCUGACCUGUCUACUGUCGCUAGGAUCGCAGGAGCCCUGAAUGUGCUGAUAGACAAGAUGAGAGAAGGAACUUAUCAGGGCACGCUACGAGUGCUAAGUCGCUACGCCGGCAGCAGCGCGCUACGGCGUAGGCUGGACCGCUGCGGUGCCUACGCGCAUUCAGCUGCGAGAUGCUGUGUGGCCGCUCAUGCUUCACAUCAUCUGUUGCUGGUGCUUGAUUCGUUAUACGCCCUAUGUGACCGUGGCGGUCCCGCCGGCUACGUGUUCCCAGUGGCUCGCGGGUCACUGGUGCGGCGAGGGGCGCGGGACGCCGACUGGGCGGGGGAUGCUGCCUGCAUCAAGGCCUGUUUAGUGCAGAUGCAUCAUGUUGCUGGUGAAGACAUACCACCAUCUCCAUCAGAAUGCCUAGAGACAGCCCUCCUCAGCCGCUGGGAGAACCUGAACAGGUCGGCUCGCGUGUCCGCAGGCUCCACUCCCACGUACUCGCGCCGACAGCUGCGCUACCUGUGGAGGCUCGCCAGCGAACUGUUGCACUGCAAGACUAUGGUGACGUGUGAAAACCACAGCACCUUCAGAGCAAACCUCAUCCAGGUGACAUCAUUAGACCAGGAGCCUAUUGAGGAUCUGAUACAUGUGUUGGCGAUCAUGUUGGACCAGGCUCGGGACCUGUACCUGAACAACUUCCACUCCAGGAAUGUGGGGGAGUUUGAUAGAGAGCUGUCAGCUUAUAGGUCAAAAAAAUGGAAUAAACUAAAGGACUACUACGACGCGUCAUCAGCUUGCUUGAUAGACGCCGUUCGACGAGACCCCGACCUUCGGCGCGAAGACUUGAAAGACCAGAUGGUAGUCAUGAAGAACAUCUUGAACUGGCUUUAUAAAGGCGCCAAAGACGACAAGAAGUAUUUAGGACCAGUAUUAAAGCCAUAUCUUGAGGGUCUUUUCACCAGCUCUUUGGAGAACUCCUGGUUUUUGGAAGAUUUUGAUGGGAAUAAGUGUUUGAAGGAGUAUGAUGGGUUAGCGGAAUACUGUCUUGGUGUCCAUGAUGGGUCUUUGGAGCCGUGCAUGGGGUUGCUUGAUGCGGCUAAGAAGUUUGCAUGGGCUAAAGCCAUGGUGGAUUUUGUGGACCGAUUUCGGCAUAUUGAUUUCCGCCUAGUGUUCCCAACUGGAGAAGGCAUGGCAAUCUCCUACCCUGUAAAGCUACCAUCACGUCGUGAGCACAGUUCUGCCCGUACCCUCACGCUGAGUCGCCGUGAUAAGGCAGAAGCGAAGCUCAGGCUUGCGAAGAGAUGUGUGCUGGGAGCUUUCACUACGGGCCUGGUGGGGGAUAGGAGGCAUAAACAAAAACCAAUAUCCCGUCAUGAAAGUAGUGACGAGAUCCUCGCGAACGUAAAAACUGGUAACUACUGGAGGACCACAAAACCAGACAUCAUACCUUCCUCCUCCAUCCAGGACAUCUCCAGAGACACUUUGGACAGCCUGCCCAGGGUUAGGAGACGGUCUCGUAGACACAGACCAGCUACUUCCUACGGGUUUCCAGAAAUUUCCAUCUCAGACCAUGCGGAUACAAAGACCAUGAGACGAAAGUAUCAUACAUUGAAGAGCUUGGUGUAUACAGAACCAGUGGAGAGUAUAAGGGAGAUGAGGGAAAGACCGAGGUCUGCUGGGUCUACUGUCAAGAAUAAGGAGGCUUUGAGUAGACCGAGUAUACUGGAGACGUUGGACUUUAUUAAUAGCGUGAAGAGUGCUCUGUGUGUGGAAGAAUCAGGAGCAUCCGACGCAGAAGACUCAGCGUGGUCUUUAGAAGACGAGUGGCUGGUGGGACAGUGUGCCCCGCUGAACCUGAUCGCGGGCCGCUGCGGACACGCGCUGCAGCUGGCGCUCGGAGACCUGCCGCUAGCGCUGCUGCAUCGGGGGAGGUUUACUAUACUACAAGAGCUGUGUUCAUUUCUGGGGGAUGCGGGAGAGGGGGCACUGUUUGCACUGCACCGACUGGCCAGGGCUGCUAGAUCCAGGAGUAGUGAGAGAGCUACUAGUGCAUGGCGUCUCCCAGAAGCUGAGGGAGCAACCACAGAGGCUCCGCAGAAGUACAGACCACGACACCCUGACUAUGUGUCCGGUGAUGAAGCGCCGCCACCACCCCCGCCUUUGCCCAGGAAUUCUAGUAUUGGGAGACAGGUAUCCCGCUACUCAGACUAUCUCCCGCCAAGCCGGCUUCAACUAGAGCCCACCAUCACUCAACUGACCCCAUCAAACCCACCAACCCCCCCUUAUACAGGCAUCAUCAAUCCCAUAUACGACAUUAAAAUGCCCCGCGAUAAAUUCGUGGUCAAACGAUCCAAGUCCCUAGGCCGAAGUUUCAGUUCUAAAAACCUAGGUAUAGAAAUAAACAAGUAUAAUAUAACUUUAGGUCAUAAAAGUGGUAAGAAGACCAAUGAUGUGGUAACUGCAAUUACUGGUAUGACGGGUGAAACUGGUUUGGAGACGAAAGGACACUUCUUCCAAAGGUAUAGUACUGCUGAAGUGGUUGGAGAUUCUUAUAGGCUUAGUAGGGUUACUAUUGAUUGAUUUUGUAUGGAAUGCAGUUCCAAUAUUUUAUCUAUGUGUUGAUGUGUAUACUGGAGAUAAAAUUGUGUCUGUCUUUGGGGCUAAUGUUAAAAUGUCUUCUAACUCUGUCAGCUGAUAGUUAGAAUUUUAGAAAUGGCCGCAAAAUGACCAAAAAUCCGAAGGGACUACGGGUAUAAAAAUAAAUUAUUACUUAACGUCAAAAGCAGAAUAGGAAAAAAGAUUGUAUUGAGAAAAGUUAAGAUCAUUGUUGUGAUAAAUAUGAGUAGUAACGAUGUGUGUAAAGUAUGUUACCUAUUUUCAAAUACAUAUAAGAUUAUUAUAACAAAGAAGGAAUUGAUUAUUUAAUAAAUAAGUAGACUAAACGACAGAGUUUAUUGUUGGACAUUGUAUUUGUUGAAAUAUUGUUAUUAUGGUUAAAGCUACGACAUUUUAUUAAAGUAUCAUUUUCAAGAAAAAUUUUAUGGGAAAGAAUAAUUUAAUGGCCGUGAAAUAACACAAAAUAAGAAGCACCAUUGACUUGAUUGAAUGAAAACAUUAACAAGGCACAAUUAUCCUUGUUUUAAUGAAAUGUAAUGUAGCGAGAAAUUGAAUUGUUCCAUAGCAAAGCAAUAUUUAUCAUAUUUAAUAAAGCAGUUUUAUUUUUG